AGUCUGCUCUUGGCCAGAUCGGCUUCUUCCCUUCCCUCUCUCCUCUGCAAAACCCAGGGUCUAGGUCUGUACCCCAACCCCACCCCACUGUGGUCACUGGUCCAUCACCCCCUUCAAUGCCCUUGACCUAAGUUCCUGGAAGCAAAAGGAACAUGCCACGUGUAGGGUCUGAGUGAGCAUCUCCAGGGCCACAAAUUAAAUUAAGUGUUCAGGGCCGCCUGCCUUGUUAUGGCUAAUAGUGCUAGCCUACCCAUCCCCCAGGUCCCUGUCCUGUAGAAAUUUGGGGGCCCUGGGUACCCUAUAUCAUUCCCAAACUUUCAUUGGCUCCUGGAGACUUCACCCCAAACUAGAGAUGGGUAUUCCUCUUGCAGAGCACCCAAAAGCCUGUGAGAGAGGCCUGAGCUGUGUCCCCACCCAUUGGGGGGGGGGCCUCAUGCUCUGGCUGCAGAGAACAGUCACGUGUGGGUCCUUCAUUAGACCCUGCCAUAUAAACUGAGGGCAUAGGGUGGCCAGGAACUCUUGGGGCAAGGAUCCAGCAAGCAGAGGUAAGUCCUCAGGUUGAGCGGGGACUCUUACUUUCUGUGGGGUGGGGGUGGGGGUGCUUCCCUCUGGGGUAGGGCACCUAGAGAGUGCUCCAAGGAUGAAGAGGGACUAAGUGGCACAUUCUCCUGCUGAGCCAGGCUAUGCUGACCACAAUGUUGCUGAGCUGUGCCCUACUGCUGGCAAUGCCCACCAUGCUGGGGGCCCAGAUAGGCUUGGCCCCCCUGGAGGGUAUCGGAAGGCUUGACCAAGCCUUGUUCCCAGAACUCCAAGAUCUAGGCCUGCAGCCCCCACUGAAGAGGACAACUGCAGAACGGGCAGAAGAGGCUCUGCUGCAGCAGGCCGAGGCCAAGGCCUUGGCAGAGGUGCUAGAUCCUGAAGGACGCAAGGCACGCUCCCCACGUCGCUGCGUAAGGUUGCACGAAUCCUGUCUGGGACACCAGGUACCAUGCUGCGACCCAUGUGCUACAUGCUACUGCCGUUUCUUCAACGCCUUCUGCUAUUGCCGCAAGCUGGGUACUGCCACGAACCCCUGCAGCCGCACCUAGCUGGCCAGCCAAUGUCGUCGGGGUCGGGGCGGGGGUAGGCGGGCGCCAAUAAAGGA